AAAUAGUGUAGAUACGAAGUUCAUAAUAAUUAAGAGAUUAAUUGUUAAGAUGUUGCGCUAGUCGAAAAUAUUUACUCGUGAAACAUGGAUAACACUGAAUUGUUGUUCUUCGACACAUUUUCUCACGACAUCUCGGAGGAAUUGAAUUUGGACCUGGUGCAAUUUCCCAAGCCUGUUUAUAUCAGUGAAGUGAGAAUAAUUCCAUUGGGUGCCAGAGUACAAGCAGACUUUCCAGGGGGAGUGCGACUUGGAGCAACUAAUCCCUCACAAUUUGAGAUCGAGUUUUUCGUAAAUGAUCUCAGCAAGCCCGGGGCCUCCACCUUCGAGUUUCUAGGUAGUUUGGAAUACAAACAGAAUAUCCACAUCCAGCUAGAAUGCGAGCGAAAACAAAUACCGACGGAUGGACUGGUACUGAGAGGAUGGUACACCACCAUAACACUGGCGGUGUACGGAACCCUGACCAAAUCGCUGAACAAUCCCCAGGAGACCGUCAGUUCGGCCGCUGGUACCACCGCCUGCGUCAGCUCCGUAGAGGAAAAUCCUGAAAAUGCCGUGCAGAUCUCGUCUGAACAGCAGUCCGAAUGGUACUAUGAGAAUCAGCAUCAAACGAAUUUAUCGGAAACAUGUGUGACGGCGACUCCGUCGCCGCAACCGAUCCAGGUGGUGGAGCCGUCCAGGACGUCGUUCACGUCGGACGCGGGAAAAACGGAACAAUCGCGACAAUGGGAGGAAGAGGCGACCAACGCGGGCGAAAAAUCGUCGUCGUCGAAACGACCUUUGUCUCCACCCAACGAGUCCCUGAUCUCUCUGAGCCCCGAGUCUAUCUCCGCCGAAGAAGAGGAAGCGGAGCUUCCACAGGAGGCUGGCGAACCGCUGGAAACUGGCGAGCCUUUCGAACCGAUACUAUCGGACGAGGAUAUAAUGACCGACGACGUUCCGUCCGCGGCCGAAUUCGAGUGCGAGGCGUCUAAUCAAAUUGACGAGAUCUAUGCUUUGGCGCCUCCCGAUCUAUUGAGUCUGGAGAAGCCGAGUAACUCGGAAGACACUUGCGUCAAUCGCGAAACCCUGUUGAAGAUCCGGGAAAUUCUGCAAUCCCUCGCCAAAUCCGUUUCUCAUUUCCACAACGCGUCCGGUCAGGAGAAAGAGACCUUCGUUCACAACUGCGAGACUUUGUGUGCCAUACUCGGCCCUUUCGAUUCUGAUGUGAAUGAUAUUAACGAUUUGACCGAUGUUGUUAACGCUGGCCUGGACAUGGAGCUCGCGAGAGCCCAACCGCAACCGGCGUACAAGGUGCGUCACGUGAAGGUGGGGGUUCGCCUGGCGGAGGCUCUCUGUCGAUUACCAAGCGGCCCAGAAAUCCUGUUGAAGGUCGAGGCCCCAUACAAGCUGUUGUCUCUCUGUAUGCGCGAGAACGUGGCGUUACCGGUGAAGCUCUCCGCUCUACGAGCCCUCGAUGCUGCAUUGAUAAGUCCAGUCAUCGUGCAGGAAUUUCUGCGGAACAAUCUGUACAAGAACGCGCUGACGAUGCUGGACACGGCGAAACUGGCCAGGCUCAAGUAUGCCCUCAGUUCGCUCUUCCGCAAGGUUCACGUGUAUGAGUAUCUAGAGGAAAUCAGGGACUUCGACAAGCUUGGUCUAGCAGAGUUGAUGAAUGUCUACGUCUGCGCGCCGACGUUGAUGGCGCAGCCUAAGCGCCAAUUGCCGGCCAGUGCUCAGAUGGAAUUCGAGCGUGAGCGCGCCCGCAACCCUCGCGCUCAUUUGGUGGCUUACUUCGAACACCACAAACUGACCCAUCAUCUUCUACUUGCGUUGUCCUCUCCCGAUUGCGACUUGCAGAUGCUCAGGCUGAUCCGCCGCUUUCUCCUGCAUCUUUCGAACACCAAGGAGGGCCUGUUUUACCUGUUGAAAGACGUCGAGGUGAUUCGAUUGAUAUUGAAGGCUUUGAAGUAUGAGCUGCCGGGCGCCGGGCGCAUUCUCGCGUGGCGUCUCCAGGUCGCGCAGUGCCUCAUUCGCUUGAAACAGACCGCGGACUGGACGAUCCUGAAGAAGCUACACUCCUUUCUUAUCUUCCCGGACGGUCUGCGCGCCAUUCUCACCGUGGUGCCCCUAGGUGACUUCAUAGACAUUUUGAUUCCUUUCCUGUCGGACUCGAAUCUCUGCGAAUUCGCCGCCGAGGUGAUCUCCGCGGUUGUCCGUUACUCCGACAGAGUGGAGAUCUUCCAGAGUCGCGCGGAACUGAUAUUAGACAAGACUCGUGAACACGCCAUCCUUAGGGACGUGACAUCAUACCUGACAGUCGCGGCUCAGGCUUCUCAUUGGGACUACUGUGACGUCUCCUCGUUGGUGACGAUCAUCAGGAAGAGCGCCGAGAAGGCCGCGUCACUUCCCGGUCAGCUGAUCACCGCUUGUAGAAUCCUGCAUUAUCUCAUCUUCCCGUCGAACAACGACGUCGAUCCAUUGGAGCCGUACGUCGAGCUUAAGUACAGGAAUGCCUUGACCCAACUGUUUGCCGCCGAUGGCCUCACUGCUCUGAUUGCCGUGAUGGCGAAUGUGUCCGACUUCUACGAGCAGCCAUUCCUUCAUCGCGCCGCUUUGACCGGUCGCAGAGGCAUGGCGUUGAUCGCCCUGUUGCUGCCUUGCGUGAAGCUGACGCGGGCGCUACUCGAGAGACUCGUCAAGUGCAUGGCGACGGAUUUUAAGGAUCUCACGGCCGUCGUUCCGUUACUCGGAGUAUAUUCCCUGAUCGAGGCCAUCCCGUCCAAUCUAAUGGUGCAGACUUUGUCCGAGGAGAUCGUGGGAACGCUCCUGGUGUUUACCCAGGCCGUUGAUUCCGACGGUUCCGGCAACGUGGCCAAAUCGCUGUGGACCCAAAUGUUAGGUGAAGUUCUAAAAAUGAUCUCCCUCCGUCCUUGCAACUUCGUGCCAGGUCUAAAGCUGUUAACUCGACUACUGCCGUCCGUUUUAACGCCGAAAGAGACUACCACUGAAGAUGCGACAAGGAUUCUGGGCCUAAGAAAACUCUGGUCGGCGCAUCUUCAAGCUCAGGCCGCGAAUCUCACCGAGACUCUCCGGCUACUCUGCACUAGUUGGAACAGCGACGUUUUGCUUCUCUUGUCGACAGUUUGUAAGCAAUUGAGCGACCUGGCGGCACCGACGGCUCUCUUGGUCGGCAGAUGCCUUUUAGAUGGUAUUCUAGCGACGACUCCUUUGGAGAAUAACGUUCCUAUUCUCGCGCUGAUCAGCGAUCUGGCUAGGCAUGCGCCUAUGAAGGCUACCUUACUAACUUUGACCAAUCCAGCGUCCAGAGCACAGGUGAAAUCUGAUCAAAAGUACCCACCGGUCAUCGAGAUGAUGUGCUCCACUCUGAAGAGUAUAAGCGAUGUCAACGUGCAACAUGAGAUUCUCAGUAUCUUCGAAACUCUGUGCGACUGCAGCCUCAGCCUGAUGCAGGAGGAUAACGAACCUCAGGAGAAGAGGUUGACGCACUCGGUGCCCAGCAAGGAGCCCCUAUUAUCCAUCUUGGCGGCUUUAAUCGACAUCCUAGCAAUCAGCACUAAGUUUCAGACGGACGUCAUAGAAAGUACGCUACACAUUCUUCUGUCCCUCAGUAGCCACAAUUACGGUCUGUAUCACGUGAAGAGCUGUCUGGAGAAUAAUCCCGGCGCCUUACGCGCGUUAUUGGACCACGUGUCCAGCUGGGAGGAUUCCGAGACAAACCCGCCCAUCGUGGACCUGAUCGUUACCUUCUUAGAGAACUUGAUCGCUUCCGACUCGGAGGGGAGAACUUUGCAUCUUCGCGCUUCGCAAUUGGCGAUCUUGAUUUCUUGGGAGAAGAAUGCUAAUCAUCCUUUAGAGAAGCUGAAACGCGCGGAGGAGCUAAUGGAAAUUUUGAAAGCCGCCGAGGAGAAAGAGGAGAAAGAACCUAUUCCGGAGAUGUUGGAACCUCUAUUGCCUACGCCAGAGGCGUUAUUGAAUCAAUUCGCACAGAGGUGUCUUUGUACGACCAGCAACAGCCCGGUCCGGCGCAAGAAGUUCUCGUUCGCGGCCAGUCAGACGCAAACCGAAGAGACGGUGGACCUACUUGCACUCGCAACCGAAUUACUACCAGCUGAUUUCAACCUUUUAGCGGAGGCACAAAACUUGUGUUCUAAAAUACCACCCGAUGACGUUAUUCAACCUCUGCAAUCAAAACCUCAGGAUGAAGAGCAGGAAAGUAGGGUGGAAAAACAAAUUUCUCCAAUGGCCAAGUCGAAACAGCCUUUCGUGACACCAGUGAGAGGUCGGACACAGUUUGCCAAUUCCCUACGAGGUGGUCCAGUGGGCGGUGGCGUGGGCAGAGGUUCCGAUCCUUUUCGGUCAAGACCGCCCAAUACCUCACGACCGCCAUCCCUUCAUGUGGACGAAUUUGUGGCGUUGGAAACCUGCGGAGCACAGCCGACCGGCCCUACUGGAUACAAUAAACUUAAUAUCCGCGGAACGUGCCCGUCGCGCACUAGCAGCGGUACCAGGAGUCGACCUUGGACGCAAGAAAUACGUCCCACGUAUCUUCGCUAAUCUAUUUAAUGUUUAUUCUUUUUUGUUUUACAUGUAUGUGUAUAUUUACAAAACAUAUCAAUUAUACGAACAGUAUAUAUAUUUUUUUUUCAAGGGGUAUAUUUUGCAGAAAUAAUAUUUUAUCUUGUAAUAAACUAUUGUUUUAUCGUC